AAGAAAUGGAUGAAAGCCUUCAAAGGAGGUCAAAAUUUUGGUGUAUAUACACAAGUAAUCUGUUUUCAUUUCUUUAAACCUUUGACAUCGAAGUGAAGUAAAUCUCACAAACCCAACCUCACAAUUAAACCCUUACAACCUCGCAUCUUAAAACGAACAUAACAACUCUCAAAUGACUCUCGAGGACUUCAUAAAUAUGGCUGUAGCUGCAAUUUGGGACUUCAAGGCCUUUUUAUCCUCCUUGAUAGACAAAUUCAAGGGCCCUGUCGAUACAUACAGUCGGGAAGACGAGAUUGCCUAUAACGAUCCAAAUGCAUGCGCACUGCAUGGCUACUUCCUUGAAUGGCGCACAUGCAUACACUGCGAUAUCAUCGUGCAGAACGGUCGAAAUUCAGUAGCAAGUUUCGUGGACCUCGGCCCCGAAGUUAGCGGAGCCUUUCAUCCAAAUUACGCAAACAAGGGGCUCAAGAACCGGCCGACCCUACAGCAGAAAACUGAGCCUGAUCAACAUCGUCCUAAAGCCCCAGUUAUCUCCAACGCCUAUGCCUCCGAGGACGAUUCAUAUGAUUCCACCACAUCUGACGGUCGCAACGAUCACUCUGAGCGGUCUGUAUUAAUUCAAAACGAUGACACGUUUUCUGACGAGGAGUCAAUGGCAGAGCUUCGUUGGAGACGCAAUCGUCUGCAGAAAAAGGCGAGCAAUAAGACAAGGACCAGGAUAGGUGAUUAUGAGGAUGACAUGGAGCAUCUUUCACUUCCUAACGAAUUACCUUCGACUUAUCGAUAUGAGAAACUUAGACGAGCUGCGAACGUAAACCGCUGCGCCAAUGGUCGACAUGUCAGCUUUGCAGCAUAGGCUCGAGCAAGGCAUACCAAUCGAGGUGUUGAUAGAGGGCUGGAUUGACGGGCGUUGGGAGUAGAGUCCAGAAUAUCUGCGAUUAUUUUUUGGUCAAUAGUAACAGUGGCCCUAACAAUCUACAAGAACUUUAAACUCCAAGUGGGAUCUAAUGAAACGUAUCUGAAGUGAAGAUAAUGAUGUUGAAAACCAAGGUAGUGAGCUCAUCGAUACUUUGGAGCUGUUAUGACUUCGCGGUAGAUUCCAGUUCCAACUCCGAUAACUAGAAGUACCGCAUUAA